AUGAGUGGCUUGGGCCGGAGCAGGCGAGGUGGCCGGACCCGGGCGGGCCCGGAGUGGUCUCCACAGGGCCUGCGGAUGGGGGUGGCCAUGGGUCAGUGCCCCGAAGAACAGUACUGGGAUCCCCUACUGAACAUCUGCCUCUCCUGCAAACUCAUCUGCAGCCAUCAGAUUCCACGCACCUGUGCAGCAUUCUGCAAGUCACUCAGCUGCCACAAGGAGCAAGGCAGGUACUACGACCAGCUCCUGAGGGACUGCAUCAGCUGUGCCUCCAUCUGCGGACGUCACCCCAAGCAAUGCACGUACUUCUGUGAGAACAAGUUCAGGAGCCACGCGAACCUCCCGCCAGAGCUCAGGAGACAGCGGGCCGGGGAAGCUGAAACCAGGCCAGACGACUUGGGGAGGUACCAGGGAACAGAGCACAGAGGCUCCGAGCCAGUUCCAGGGCUGAAGCUGAGCGCCGACCAGCUGGCCCUGGUCUACAGCACACUGGGGCUCUGCCUCUGUGCCAUCAUCUGCUGCUUCCUCCUGGCCGUGGCCUGCUUCCUCAAGAGGAGAGGGGACCAGUUCUGCCAGCCCUCACCGGCACCGUGUCAGACCCAGGCCAAGUCCUCCAAGGAUCACUGGAUGGAAGCUGGAAGCGCGGAGGGCGCGUUGCCAGAGCCGGUGGAGACGUGCAGCUUCUGCUUCCCGGAGCGCAGGCAGCCCACCCAGGAGAGCGCGGGCGGGCCCGGGACCCCCGGCGCCGCGCGCUCUGGGAGGUGGGGGCGCCUCGGCCGGACCACGAUCGGACAGCCGUGCGCGCGCGCCCCGGAAGGCGGCCUUGAGGUCCUGUGCGCUCCUGCGGAGGAGGGAGGCCCGACCUCGUGA